ACGUGCUCAAAGCCACGAAGUAAAGGAAACCUCCAAGUGGUUCAUAGUUACCGCGGUGUGCCACUACUUUUGUUGCGAAAACCUCGAAGCGACAGACCACAAUUAGGUCGAUCCCAGAAGGACGUAUUACUUAUCAUUUCGAUUAGUUAUCUGGUCGAUUCCUGCAGCAGUAGUGUAGUAGAAGACUACCAAAAGCGUCGCAUUUCGGUCAAGAGAGGUUCAACAGGAACAUCUGGUAGACGCUGUACCAGCUUGUAGAGACACCAAAAUCAAAGCUACACCAUUCCAUUGCUGCGAUCGGCGUCACUUUCAGUCAACAAUUGGAUCUACUGAACCCUACCUUGAAUAAUGGUUUCGGAUGCCAGCUUGACCAACAUUUUGCAAGUGUCGGGCAUCUUGCAAAUUCGACUUCGCGUCUAUCAACAUGUUUGCAAACGGCAAGAACUGACUUCAUAUAAAGAGAAGAAGUCGGAAAGCUAUGAAGGCGAUUCAGAAAGGGAAGAACCGUCGAAUGUGCCGUUGAUCGCCGGCUAUAGAUCGAUCAUGCGAGCAAAUAUUCCCGCAUUCUGGAGAACUCUGGAUGUGAAGGAGGAUAACGAAGAGGAUGAAACGGCAAACGAUGCUGAAGAAAAUAUUAGGGUUGAAUUAUGGGUGUUUUGGAUUGACGACAAGCACACAGGGAUCGUUGAUCGCAAUCCAUACUUGAAUGAGCUGGAAGAAGUGAAAGUUACUUCGUUCUCCUGGGAAAAUAUUUUUGCAGCAACAACAUCGCCUACGACAUCUCCAAUUUCGCCGGUUGCAAAAGCAAACGCUACGCCGAAUACAUCGUUAACUCAAGAUUAUCGAUUUUUCAUAAAGGCUGUUCGUAAUUUGAUCUGCCUUAAAAUGGUCAACAAAGGCACCAUCCCUUUGGGUGACUUCUUCAUUUAUCCAACGCUAUCAAAUGUCAAUGUAAUGGACGGUGUUCUAACCACAGAAUCCACAAACACCUCAACCACAUCUUGUGCCGAUCAGACUUUGCCAUCCUGCACUUUCAAUCUGUAUUUGACUUCAACAAACUUGAUCUUCCAGCCGGUGAUCCGACGAUUGCGAAUUCGAAGACUUCGGCGAACCGACUUCUUAUCUGACAGAUCAAAGACAGUUCUGCUUGCUCCUCUUGGACUGGCCGCUACUCUGAAAUCCUCCACAGCCGAUUUGUCUGCUCAGACGGAGGAUGCACUUUUGUGGGACUGGGCCAGCAUGCUCAAUAUACCCUAUGAAAACUUAACGAAAACGACUGCUUUCGAUGCUUCCAUGUCCGCUUUGGUUAUGGUUCAAUGCGGCGAAGAAGUAUUCCCAUAUCCUUCAGCGCUGAUAUUCGUAUCCACAUCAACAAAGUUCACGCCGAGUUCGAUAUCUGGUUUAGAUGGAUUAGGAUUUCGAAAUCACGGCUUGAUCGAAGAGAUGAGCGAAAAGUAUAAUAGAUGGGCGUGGGAGGAACGCAUAGCGGAAAUUGCAAUUAAAAAAGGAGCAGAGGAAGCCUUCGGUACUGGAGCUUUCACCAAUGCUCCCAAUGACCGAAAGAAUGAUGUUCAAGCCAGAUUCAAUGCAUCAUUUCAGACUUUACCGACUCCAACAGAAUCAUUAGUGCAAACAAGACAGAUUGAUUUUGAACUCACUCAGAAAACGCAUCCACGCUUUACUGUGGACUUUUGGGAUUUCACCAAUCCCACUGCACAUGUCACUUCUACGGUAUUAAAUCAUGCAUCUAUGCCUGAUCCAUUCGGUUCACCAACUCUCCUACAAAAUGUUAUGACGGAGACAGUUUCGUCGAAUGUAUUGAUGACUCCAAAGGUGUCAAGAACUCCCAGAAGAUCCACUGGUACAUAUAACUCCGGUAAACUCCAGCCAACCAUUUCUCACACUUGGGAAGUGCAACAGCCAAAUUCAAAAGACUUCAUGGCGCAACUGAAUGCAGGCUUGGAUAUGAAUCAGCAUUUGGCCAGAAAACAAGAACAUCCUGACGGUAUUUACCCCAAUGUGUCAUCGUAUCCAUAUGUAUCCCAGACGCCGACAGCAGAAAUCAAGACGGAAGUGCUUGCUUUUUCUGGAGCGAGUAUACCUACCGCACAGCCGAAAGCAGCGACAACUGCACAAGAUCUCAGUGGUUUGCAAAUCACAAUGAAUGAGCCCGCAGCUACUGAUAUAACUGGUGGCCAUUUUGCUCCCACAACGACUGGCAUGCCAAUGAACCUAGGAGCCCCUGAUUCGGCUGCUGGAUCAAAUUAUCCCUCCCCACAUGACCAUCUAGGUGGAGGUAAUGCGGAUAUGUCAUUUGGUAUGGAUAAUCUAGGAGGGUACGAUCAAAUGGUAUAUGGCUUGUCAAGUGCUUGGGAGGAAGGCGUUGGCGACAUGGAUAAUUUUGAUUUGGAUGUCACUGAAGAAGAUUUUGACUUUUUCGAAUCAACGCCUACUACCAAAUCUCGACCAACAGGGAAAUCUAUUGCUAGCGUUAGUGCACCACCUCCGACUAGCUUAACAUCAGCUGUUUCUAAUCCAGUAUCAUCUCUACCACCUAAUGCCCUGGAUGCGCCGAUCAUGACUGAUCUCAAUCUGAGCGCCGGAGAUGUAGAAAAGCACGAAAACUUGGAUUUAGACGAACUGUUGAUGGCUACGAACGGCUUUCUGGAUGAUCCUAUGAAAGCAGAAUCGGAUUUGAACAUGGAUCCAGCCAUUGUGACAUCUCAAGUAGAAUCUGUGUCCAUUGAGCAAGAAAAUAUUAUAGACAACGGCACCGUGUUGGAAAGCAAUUUAGCCACUGACGUCAAAGAAGAAGAGCAAAAUUCCGACGCUAAUAUCACUUCAAUCAUCGAACAAGACAUACAACAAACAGGUGAAGAUGAAUCAAUUUUAGAUCCAGAUGCUCUCAUGCCACCAGAAUUCGCGCCUCUUCCCGUCACUGCUGGCGUUGACGAUGCCAAAUACUACAACGGAGGCAAGUUUGUUUAUUCACCGUCAAAGAAGAGGAAGAAGGAAGGAGGUGCGGUUGGCGUUCGACGGAGUGCAUACAAGCCGGAUUACAUGCCACAUGUACGGAAAAGGACGACAGAUGGUCCUUUCAAGACUGUUGACAUACGUAAUAAGUAUAAUAGUAGCGAGCAAGCCAAGGUAGACGCCACCCUACAUCCUGCCACGCUUAACAAUGACGCCAAGGUGAUCCCCGACGACACGUCCUUAUCAGAUAGCUCUGACGACAGUAGCAGUGAUAGCAGUACUAGCAGCAGCGACACGGAUAUGGAAGAUGCGGAGGAAAUGAUCCGUGCAACAAGUCGUCUUGAUAUCACCAGUGGCCUUGAUCGACAAUAUCUUAAGGUUUUGAACAAAGUAAAGCUGAUGCUAUUAGCAUGGUCAGCAGGCGACUACAGUGACAAAACUUUACUUUUGCCAACCUCUCAACAAACUCUUCGUCUUGAGGAAUCAAUUGACUAUGAUGUUCCUUUUGCUCAAGUAGUCACCCGAGAGCCAUUAUAUGACCGGCCUCCUGAGGAUCGGCACACUUCCGAUGGACACAUGGCUGCAGUAGAGCUGCUAUGCCAGCAAGCUGUCCUCGGAGGGUAUCCUUUUGUCGGUAAUAUUGCAGAAAUUUCACAACGAGGCGGGGACUUUAUAGACGGCGAGUCGAUGCAAGUAGCGAUUACACGAAGAAGAAAUUUAGUACAAAGCAACUGUGGUGCUGUAACGUCGGUACCAUCAUUAUCAGAUGAAAUGGACAAUUUGACUUCAGAUUUCAAAGAUGUUUUAAGUAACAUCUUUGAUUUCAACAAGACACCAGAGUAUACACAUCUUCAGAUAGGCCAGCAUCCGCUGCCGACUACCAUAGGCAUAAAGGGUCCUCUCAAUGUACAGCAAUAUUACGAAUUAUCAGAUACGACCCAAACUCAAUCUAAAUACGGAAAGUAUCAAGUCAAAAAGCGCAAACCUGUAGAGCCGAAUUUGGACAUGUUGCGACCUCCGAGCGUAGUAGUUGGCCGCCAAGAUGAAUGGAUUGAAGGAUCUCCGCAUAUGCUUACAUUUUGGGAGAAAUUACGAUUGGAACCGUAUUCGACAAAGAAGAAUAUUGUCUAUUUUGCCCUUUGUCCAGAUAGCGAUGGUUUUGAAAGCAUGGCUAUUGACUUUUUCAAAGAUCUGAGCGCUGUAUACGAGAUUUGCCUUUUGGGAACACACCACCCUGGAGUUGCUGGCGAUCGCAAGCGCGGUGUGGUACCGGUACCGUUGUUAGAUAAAAUCGAUAGCGAAGACCCAGCCGGGCGCCGUCUUAGAAGUUAUCAACAUGCUGCUCAACGACUAGGCGCUACCAUUGGCAACAUGGGACAAGAAAGUGUUUACUAUGUCAUAUACAUGAUCAACCCUUUCUCGCACUCCUCUUCAUUGCUUGACUUAAGUCAAUGCUUUCAAAGUCUUGUAGUCGCCUUUAAUACCUCUGCGCUCGGUACAACGUUUAGCGAUAAAACGCGGCCGCGCCUUGUCAUGCAAUUGGUACCUGUUGAGCAUGUCUUAAGACCAACUGCAUUUGGUGGAUAUAACAAAUUUGGGUUAAAGGAAAUUGCCUUCUCAGUCUACAGCAAGUGCUCCAUGGUAGUCGAGAGAGCGCACCAGCAGUCCCGGGCACAGGACAUACAGUCGGUAACAGAGCUAUACGCCCCACCAUUUGUUCUCGCAAAACCACCUCCAGCAUCUAUACAAUACAGCACAAAGAAUGCCUACAAAGACUUUCCAAGUGCUCUGGAACACGAUGUCACCAUGCACAUUGCCUACACGUUCAGCUUAGACAAUCGAUGGGCUAUCGCCGUGUGGAUUGAUGCACGAGGUGAAAUGAUCGACUUUAUGGUCCAGAAAGCUGAGAACCAUAGCCGGCAAGCUGAAUGGCAGCUGCAUGCCAUAAAAGAGAUAUGGGAACGAACAAAGCAUUUGUGUGGUCGAGCAGGAUUCUCAUGGAAGUUUACUAUUGGCAAGCUUGGAUUAAUGUUUGGCAACGAACUUGCAGAUUGGAUCGCAACCGUCAACAACGAAGAAAACAUAUCCAUCUUAGCCUUGGACUAUGACUCUCCGUUCAGAGUAAGCCAUGAGUCAGAUUCAACGAUGGGUGCAGAAAGCAGCAACACACCAAGUUCAUCCUCAGGCACACCAACACCCGAGACAUUUACACCUAGUGCCACACCAUCUAUGAACAUUGGGUCCGUUUCUACCCAAGUGACUCCGAAAUCUGCGGACAUCUUCGAACCAGAGUCAGGAGAAUCCCAUGCUCUUCUUGUAAACCACCGCAUGGCGUACUCCAGGCGACGACAACUGACGAGUAGCGGCAUCCUCCUGAACCAGGACACCGCUGAACAAUGGAUGCUCCCCUUAGCUAGUGCGUAUCUCUUGCAAGUUCCCGUCAAGGCACCAGCACCGUCACGAGAACAAUUUUCGUUGGAAACACAAGCCAUAGAGCUGCAUCUGAUUCAUAUGCAAUCAACGCAAACUGCGGCAAGCGUGCUUCGAGAAAUCGUUAAACAAUACCAUUCGUUAUCCUACCUUAAUACUGCAUCCGCCUCUUCCAACUGUAUACCAUUGCAUUUUGUUCUUGUAGACCGAUUGUGUCGACUUUUAUAUACUGUUGCAGCUUAGUUUGUUUACUUUGAUAUUAUACCGACCCUUUUUUUUUUCUUCUUCCAUGGAUCUUGUAUUCUUGCACAAUAAUAACAAAAUGAUAUGUAGCGCGUCUUGC